UCAGCAGUGGGACAGCCAGGCCUUGAACUGGUGCCUGUAUAGGAUGCCAGCAUCACAGAUGGAGGCUUAGUCCAGUAUACCAGGGCACCAGCCCCUGUGAAUGCCUGUUAUAAACUUCGGAAGACAAAGACUGUUCUAGAAAGUCUGUCUCCUAGAGAUACAAGAGGAAGGGAAACAGGUGGGAAGCUGCCCCCUCACCCCACAUGCUCAUGAACUAAUAGAGAAGUCUGAGUCCCGCGCUUGCUUGAUCUGACAGGCAGAAUGACACUGUUGCCUCUCAAAUCUGUUGUCCUGCUGCCCUGACAAGCAACCCACAGGACCGAAGCAGCAUGGUGCCAGCCCUUUCCAAGGCGACCGUUGGCCUCAGGUGGCGUGUGAACCAGGCUGGCUCAUGGUGCCGGAGAGUCAUGCCCUGGAGGUUGCGGUCCCUCCAGAUGUCCCUGGAGACGUCAGCUGUCCCACACCACAGAGCCACCCUGUCACCCUCAAGAGACUCGCUGGCCCCGCCCCGCAGCCCUCUGUGCAGGGCCACCGCCUUCCAGCCAGUCCUGCCGUAGCCCUGUGGGGACACUGGCUGUCGGAGCCCCUCAGGAUUCAGUGCCCACCACCCCCUGCCCCGCCCCCUGGAGAAGAUGGCUGCGCUCCGACAGCUGGCACUGCUGCUCUGGAAGAACUACACCCUGCAGAAGCGGAAGGUUCUGGUGACGGCCCUGGAGCUCCUCCUGCCGUUGCUCUUUUCCGGGAUCCUGAUUUGGCUGCGCUUGAAGAUCCAGUCAGAAAACGUGCCCAAUGCCACCGUCUACCCGGAGCAGUCCAUCCAGGAGCUGCCCCUCUUCUUCACUUUCCCUCUGCCAGGGGACACCUGGGAGCUCGCCUACGUGCCUUCCCACAGCGAUGCCGCCAGGACCAUCACCGAGUCGGCCAGGGGAGCGCUGGUGAUCAACAUGAGAGUUCGCGGCUUUCCCUCGGAGAAGCACUUCGAGGACUACAUCCGGUACGACAACCGCUCCUCCAACGUGCUGGCCGCCGUGGUGUUCGAGCACAAGUUCAGUCACAGCACGGACCCCCUGCCCCUGGCGGUGAAAUACCACCUGCGCUUCAGUUACACACGGAGAAACUACAUUUGGACCCAGUCGGACUCCUUCCUCCUCAAGCAGACGGAGGGCUGGCAUACCACCUCCCUUUUUCCACUCUUCCCGAACCCAGGACCAAGGGAGCCUUCGUCCCCCGACGGCGGGGAGCCCGGGUACAUCCGGGAGGGCUUCCUGGCUGUCCAGCACGCAGUGGACCGAGCCAUCAUGCAGUAUCACGCCAACGCAUCUGCACACCAGCUCUUCCAGAAGCUCACGGUGGUUGUCAAGAGGUUUCCAUACCCACCGUUCAUCCAGGACCCCUUCCUGGUGGCCAUCCAGUACCAGCUGCCCCUGCUGCUCAUGCUCAGCUUCACCUACGCCUCCCUCACCAUCGUCCGGGCGGUGGUGCAGGAGAAGGAGCACAGGCUGAAGGAGUACAUGCGCAUGCUGGGGCUGGAGAGCUGGCUGCACUGGAGCGCAUGGUUCCUCAUGUUCUUCCUCGUCCUGCUUGUCGUGGUCUCCCUCAUGACCCUACUCUUCUGCGUCAGGGUGAAGGAGGGUGUGGCCGUGCUGACCAGCAGCGACCCUUCACUGGUGCUGGCCUUCCUGCUGUGCUUCGCCAUCUCCUCCAUCUCCUUCAGCUUCAUGGUCAGCACCUUCUUCAGUAAAGCCAAUAUGGCGGCCGCCGUGGGAGGCUUCCUCUACUUCUUCACUUACACCCCCUACUUCUUUGUGGCUCCUCGGUACAACUGGAUGACGCUGAGCCAGAAGCUGCUCUCCUGCCUCCUGUCCAACGUGGCCAUGGCCAUGGGAGCCCAGCUCAUAGGCAAAUUUGAAGCCAAAGGCACGGGCAUCCAGUGGCGAGACCUCCUGAGCCCAGUCAAUGUGGACGACGACUUCUGCUUUGGGCAAGUGCUGGGGAUGCUGCUGCUGGACUCCAUGCUGUACGGCCUGGUCACCUGGUACGUGGAGGCCGUCUUCCCUGGGCAGUUCGGCAUGCCCCAGCCAUGGUACUUCUUCGUCAUGCCCUCCUACUGGUGCGGGAGCCCCAGGACAGCCAGGGGGAAGGAAGAGGACGCCGACCCCCAGAAGGCCAUCCCCACGGAGUACUGUGAGGCUGAGCCCGAGGCCCUGCUGGCUGGCAUCAAGAUCAAGCAUCUGUCCAAGGUGUUUCAGGUGGGGCACAAGGACAGAGCAGCUGUCAGAGACCUGAGCCUGAACCUGUACGAGGGGCAAAUCACUGUCCUACUGGGCCACAAUGGUGCGGGCAAGACCACCACCUUGUCCAUGCUCACAGGUCUCUUUCCCCCCACCAGUGGACAGGCAUACAUCCGCGGCUACGAGAUCUCCCAGGACAUGGCUCGCAUCCGCAAGAGCCUGGGCCUGUGCCCCCAGCACGACAUCCUGUUUGACAACCUCACGGUGGCCGAACAUCUUUCCUUUUAUGCUCAGCUGAAAGGCUUGUCGCGCCACAAGUGCCCCGAGGAGGUCAAGCAGAUACUGCAUGUGCUCGGCCUGGAGGACAAGCGCCACACCCGGUGCAAGCUGCUGAGUGGGGGCAUGAAGCGCAAGCUGUCCAUCGGCAUCGCCCUCAUCGCGGGCUCCAAGGUGCUGAUGCUGGACGAGCCCACCUCGGGCAUGGACGCCAUCUCCAGGAGGGCUGUCUGGGACCUGCUGCAGCAGCAGAAAAGUGACCGCACCAUCCUGCUGACCACCCACUUCAUGGACGAGGCUGACCUGCUAGGGGACCGCAUUGCCAUCAUGGCCAAGGGGGAGCUGCAGUGCUGUGGGUCCCCGCUGUUCCUCAAGCAGAAAUAUGGCGCUGGGUACCACAUGACGUUGGUGAAGGAGCCGCACUGCAACCCUGCCAGCGUCGUGCAGUUGGUGUGUCAUCACAUCCCCAAUGCCACACUGGAGAGCAACGUGGGCGCCGAGCUCUCCUUCAUCCUCCCCAAGGAGAGCACACACAGGUUUGAAAGUCUCUUUGGCAAGUUGGAGAAGCAGCAGAAGGAGCUGGGCAUCGCCAGCUUCGGGGCCUCCGUCACCACCAUGGAAGAGGUCUUCCUCCGGGUCGGCAAGCUGGUAGACAGCAGCAUGGACAUCCAGGCCGUCCAGCUUCCUGCCCUGCAGUACCAGCACGAGAGGAGGGCCAGUGACUGGGCUCUGGACAGCAACCUGUGUGGACUCUUGGACCCAACGGACGGCGUUGGCAGCCUCAUCGAGGAGGAGCCCACCAUGCUCAAGCUCAACAGUGGGCUGGCUCUGCACUGGCAGCAGUUCUGGGCCAUGUUCCUGAAGAAAGCCACCUACAGCUGGCGGGAGUGGAAGAUGCUGGCCGCCCAGGUCCUUGUGCCCCUGACGGUUGUCACCUUGGCCCUUCUGGCCAUUAACUACUCUUCCGAGAUGUUGGAUGACCCCCUGCUGCAGCUGACCCUCAGCGAGUACGGCCGCACCGCCGUGCCCUUCUCUGCCCCUGGGGCCUCCAGGCUGGGCCAGCAGCUGUCGGAGCAUCUGAAGGACAUGCUGCAGGCUGAAGGACAGGAGCCCCGAGAGGUGCUGGGUGACCUGGAGGAGUUCCUUAUUUUCAGGGCCUCAGUGGAGGGGGGCGGCUUUAACGAGCGGUGCCUGGUGGCCACGUCAUUCAGAGAUGUGGGUGAGAAGAUGGUGGUCACCGCCUUGUUCAACAACCAGGCGUACCACUCUCCUGCCACUGCUCUGACCGUCGCAGACAACCUGCUGUUCCGGCUUCUGUGCGGCCCCCGGGCCUCCAUCGUGGUCUCCAACUACCCCCAGCCCCGGAGCGCCCUGCAGGUCGCCAAGGACCAGUUCAGCGAGGGCCGGAAGGGCUUUGACAUCGCUCUCAAUCUGCUCUUUGCCAUGGCCUUCCUGACCAGCACAUUCUCCAUCCUGGCGGUCAGUGAGAGGGCUGUGCAGGCCAAGCACGUCCAGUUCGUGAGCGGCGUCCAUGUGGCUACCUACUGGCUCUCAGCUCUGCUGUGGGACCUCAUUUCCUUCCUGGUCCCGAGCCUGCUGCUGCUUGCGGUGUUCCGGGCCUUUGAUGUGCGCGCCUUCGCGUGGGAGGGCCGGGCGGCUGACACGCUGCUGCUGCUGUUGCUGUACGGCUGGGCCAUCAUCCCCCUCAUGUAUCUGCUGAGCUGCCUCUUCUCCAGUGCGGCCACUGCCUACACCCGCUUGACCAUCGUCAACAUCCUGUCGGGCGUCGCCACCUUCCUCAUGGUUACCAUCAUGCGCAUCCCAGCGGUAAAGCUAGAAGAACUUUCCAGAACGCUGGAUCAUGUUUUCCUGGUGCUGCCCAACCACUGCCUGGGGAUGGCGGUCAGCAACUUCUACGAGAACUACGAGACCCAGCGCUACUGCACAUCCUCAGAGAUCGCUGCCCGCUACUGCAAAAAGUACAACAUCGUGUACCAGGAGAACUUCUACGCGUGGAGCGCCCCCGGGGUCGGCAGGUUCGUGACCUCCAUGGCCGCCUCAGGGUGUGUCUACCUCAGCCUGCUCUUCCUCAUCCAGACCAACCUGCUGUGGAGGCUGAGGAACGCCGUGUGUGCCUUGCGGAGAAGGCGGACACUAGCAGAGCUGUGCGCCCAGACAGCGCUGCUUCCCGAGGACCAAGACGUGGCUGAUGAGAGGGACCGGGUCCUGGCCCCCAGCCCAGACCGCCUGCUGGACGCACCACUUGUCAUCAAGGAGCUGUCCAAGGUGUAUGACCAGCGGACGCCCCUUCUCGCCGUGGACAGGAUCUCUCUUGCGGUCCAGAGGGGGGAGUGCUUCGGCCUGCUUGGCUUCAAUGGGGCUGGGAAAACCACCACGUUCAAGAUGCUGACCGGGGAGGAGUCCAUCACUGCUGGGGACGCCUUUGUCGGGGGUCACAGCAUCCGCUCUGCCAUUGGGAAGGUGCGGCAACGGAUUGGCUACUGCCCCCAGUUUGAUGCCCUGCUAGACCACAUGACCGGCCGGGAGAUGCUGGUCAUGUACGCUCGACUCCGUGGCAUCCCCGAGCGCCAUAUCGAGGCCUGUGUGGAAAACACUCUGCGGGGCCUGCUUCUGGAGCCACAUGCUGACAAGCUGGUCAGGACGUACAGUGGGGGGAACAAGCGCAAGCUGAGCACGGCCAUUGCCCUCAUCGGAGAGCCCGCCGUCAUCUUCCUGGACGAGCCGUCCACUGGCAUGGACCCUGUGGCCCGGCGCCUGCUCUGGGACACCGUGGCCCGCGCCCGCGAAUCCGGCAAGGCCGUCAUCAUCACCUCCCACAGCAUGGAGGAAUGCGAGGCCUUGUGCACCCGGCUGGCCAUCAUGGUGCAGGGUCAGUUCAAGUGCCUGGGCAGCCCGCAGCACCUCAAGAGCAAGUUUGGCAGCGGCUACUCCCUACAGGCCAAGGUCAGGAGCAAGGGGCAGCAGGAGGCGCUGGAGGCGUUCAAGGCGUUUGUGGAGCUGACCUUCCCAGGAAGCAUCCUGGAAGAUGAGCACCAGGGGAUGGUCCAUUACCACCUGCCUGGCCAUGGCCUCGGCUGGGCGAAGGUUUUUGGCAUCCUGGAGAAAGCCAAGGAGAAAUACGGCGUGGACGACUAUUCUGUGAGCCAGAUCUCAUUGGAGCAGGUCUUCCUGAGCUUUGCACACCUGCAGCCACCCACCUCCGAGGAGGGGCGAUGAGGGGGGCAUGGUGGGAGGGACAGGAGCCAGGGCCUGUGCCACUGGUGUGCAUCUGUCCCAGGGAGUCCUCCCGUCUUUCACUUUCACUCACUGUCUCCUGUGGUGGCUCUGAAGAGAAGCGAGACAGUCUGCACAGAACAGACUCAACGCACUGGCACCCUCCAGGGCAAGGCAGCCGGCAGGCCUCAGCUUCCCAGGCCCAGCCGCCGGGACUCACGCUGCCAGCCCAGACUUGGGUCUCCCAGGUGUGGGCAGGCAGGCAUCCCCAGCGGAGCCUGGCAACUGGGUCUCUAUAGGAGCUCACGCAGGGAAGGGGCCCGGCAGGCAGCAUGGAGGAAGCGAGACCCCAGCAGGGAUGAGGAGCAACCAGGCCCCCAGGCUGCUGGCAACGGGAGGCCACAGAGACAAGAUGGCAGCAUGGCUCGGGGCUGAGACUGCCCUCCAGGCACUGCCACCGCCAGCGUCCUGAAGUGGCUGACCCAGACCGGCAGCACUGUCCACCGCUCCCUUUAGGACAGUGGGGACCAGGGGUACCGAGCACACACUAAGCACAUUGUCCAGAAAAUAAAGGCUGUCUGUUUCA